UAUCACUUAUCUUCAUUUGACCACAAACGUAAAACAAGGAGUCCAAAUUAGCGUUUUGUUGUUCGACAACCAGUAACUUAACAAAAUGAGCUCGCCUCCUUGAACCCACUGUUGAGAUGAAAAGUGAAUCAGUCUCCAAGGGUCAUAUUGUUGUGGGGCCAAAGGUUAUGUGAACUCAUGGGUCAGGGAAUAUGGUUGUGAAUCUCUGCCUGCCCCACUUUGAUACAACAAUCCAUUGCAACAAGCUGUGCGCAGACGGGUAUGAUGUCACAAACCUCGUGUCCACAGACCCGGCUCUCCGGAAGCGAGGCUUUAAGCUGGAGUACUUCCUGCGUCCACCAGUACAGGUGACACUGAAGUUUGGCUUCCAGGUGGAGCUGUGCAGGGUGGAUGUGGAGCUGUGUCCCUGGGGUAUGGACCGAGGACAAGCCUGCAAGAAACUAGAGAUCAGCACCAGCUCCGAUCCUCUACCUUCCCAGAAUUAUGUCAAGGGUCAAGGCCAUGAACAGGGCCAGCGAAAAGAACAAAUGCACAUGCAGGUACCAAAACAAAAAACAGAACAAGAACGUGGCAAUAAAUCUGGUCGGUUUAUGGGACACCAGUGGAGUGUUCAGGCCCAAAGUUGGGAUGACGAGGCUCUGGAUCAACAAAGAGGCAGGACGCACAGUGGGCAGAAGCCCAAAGAGCAUGCUCAGUCAAACACUCAAUCCAGUAGUUCUGAGCCCGAGUUUAGACUGGUAGGUCGUUGCGAGCUUAGGGAGGAAACCCAAAUCUGUUUCUCGCGUUCACAUUUUUCUCCCCGGCCGCCAUUCCUCUCUGCUCCGCCUCCACAACCUGCCAACUGUCGGCAAGAGGAACUUUGGAAUCGGGGACUGCUUUCAUUAGGCUCCGUUACGCAACUCCGUGUGACUGUGCCAGUCGGCGGUUCUGCGUCUGCACUGGGGCUCAAAGCUUUGGCCGUGUGGGGACAACCUGCUCGGCACUGCACUGCAGACAAAGUGGACAGAAUUAGAAGAGUGCACGAGGCCAGUGAAAGACGACUGCCACAGCCUUCGUUUUUUAGCCCUUCUGUCAGUCAGACCAAACGGCCACAGCGAGCAACAACAACUCCAAGCAAUCAUGCAAUCCCAGAAGAGUUCAUCGACCCCAUAACUCAGGAGGUAAUGACGCUGCCCAUGCUGCUGCCCAGUGGUGUGUCAGUAGACAACGCUACCCUGGAGGAGUACCAGAAGAGGGAAGCCACCUGGGGUCGACCCCCUAAUGACCCCUUCACUAGUGUCCCGUUCACUGCGACCUCCCAUCCUCUCCCGAAUCCCCAACUGAAAAGCCGCAUUGACCCCUUCAUCUUGCAGAGGGGUGACGUGAGGAGGGAUGGGACGUUGGGGAGACAAGGGGAGAGAAAAAAUCCACAGCCCUCAAGGCUCAUCGCUUCUGUGGAGGAAGGAGAGUCCCCAAACAACUCUCCAUGUCCCAGUAACAGCUCUGUAAACAGCACUAAUAUACAGUAUAAUGCUGGCACCAGAAACACAAACAGGACUACACACAUAGAAGACACUGCCCCAGGACAUUCAUCAGGAAAUAGGAUUUAUACAUCUGACUCCCAGCCUCUUACCAAAGAUAAUAAAUUAGAGUUUGAUAGGAGGAAGAAACGAGAUCUAAGUGGAUUUCUUAAAGAGUCAACAGAAGAGUUUGCAGCUGAGAAGCAACAACUACCUCAAACAAAAAGACCAAGAAUUGAUACAACCUCAGACCCUAGCUGCAGCUCUCACGAGCAGCGUUUGUCAGCCAGCCUGGACGAAGCCCUCUUCUCUGCCCUGAGAGGCCGACCCUCCUUCACCUCAAAUCUGUCAUUGCAGCGACAGGUUACUCCUGACUCUGAGUCACCUGACGGCUCACAGAAAUGCCAGAAAGCAGAUACUUCAACCAUGCCAACAGACGAGAAGACGUGCUCUGCGUGUUCCUGCGUUGUCUCCGUUUACUCCACAUCUGCUUCACCUGUCUACCGUCUAACCUGUGGUCACUUGCUCUGUCGUGCCUGCCUGCAGAGGGAAUCACAGCAACUAAACUCUGUCACCACAGGAACAUGCCAUCACAUCUCAUGCCCCGCUUGCCAAAGCCUGAUCUCUCGUAAUGACAUCAUACGUGUGCAUCACUGACAAAUGGCGCAAAAAAGACAAACCUUUAAAGCCUGUGAAGAAAUGAAGACUGUCCUCAAGGUAAAGACAGAAUUUUGUAGAUACUAGAUUGAUUUUAUUUAUAGACCAUAAACUUUGUUUGACGCUACCUCAUGGUUGUAUUUUAUAACUGCUGAGGAUGUAACUUCUCUCUAAACAUUUAUGAAAUUCAUAAUAACUAUUUGAAUUACAGUCAUUUGUCAAGUUUGUCACGUUCAACAGCCAUUUCAUUUGUAGUAUUUCUUCAAUUUUGUUUACUCUACUAAAAUUGUCCCUUAAACAAGUGACAUGAAAAAAGUAGGUCAGAGUUUUGUUUUUAAUUAUCACAGGUGAAGAAAGAACAUCACUGAAAGCAAAUACUUUUGCCAACCUCAAAGACAUUUUUUUUUCUAAAUGAAAAAGAAAAUCUUAUCCUCCACCACCUCCACCCUCCUCUCCUACACCUCCACUUUCCAAUGUUAGCCUUUUCAUUAAGAAUUGGCAUGAAGCUGCAGCCUUGGUUCUGCAGCCUUUGUACAGAUCAUUUGUAGAUGUUUUGAGGACACACAAAGAAAGGUUUCGUGGACGUAAAUGCUGUGAGCAAGAGGCCAGGAGAAUUCAAGUGUGAAUCGAGUAGACCAAGGCUAUGUGGUCAUUGUGAUGAAACGGACAGGGUCAGUCUCAGCUGAUCAGAUUCCCUCCUGAUGUCAUGUUAGCACUGUCCUCAUCUCAAGUCCAGUCUCUCUUUCUUUCUUCACUUUAUUCACUACUUUACACUCCCUCCACUCUUGUAUAGAUGUUGUUGCCUUAAAAGGAAAGUGCAGGCAUAAAAUGUACUGACUGGAACAUAUGAUGGACUCUUUUUUUUUUUACUACUUUUUUACAUGUGGGGCAUGAAAUCUAAUAUGUAUUUGAAUGGCAAGUGUUAGUCAGGCAGUGUUAAUAUAUGGAAUAUUUUUGAAUAUGUUAAUUUCUAGAAAAUUGGUAUAAUUCAGUCAAGCUUUUGUCACAUCACUAUCACCCACUGGAUUAUGUAUUGUUUUUUCUCCAUGUUCCCAUUAAGGUUCAGUGUUAAAUAAUAAAUUGUAUACACCGUG